AUGAAUGUGGGACUUGGCAAAUUCUCUCGGCUUCCGUAGUUGAGUCGUGACAUAUUUUUCCGGAAGUUUAUAUGAGCGUGUCUUCGACAACAGAGAAGAAAACAUGGAGCUCUUUGUAAUUUCACCAAAUUUGAGGUUCACUAACCCAACUGUUGCCCCAGGCUCGACUGUCAGAGAUCUCAUCGAGCAUUUGACCGUCAAAGAGGGCGUCUCUCUCACAGAUUUCUAUGUGAAGACUAAUGGCCGGGUAUCUCACAGUAAUGAGUUGCUUCAGUCUGGAGUCGUGUAUCGUGUGGAGCCUCGCUUAUGUGGAGGCAAAGGAGGAUUUGGCUCCAUGUUGAGGGCCCUCGGUGCACAAAUCGAAAAGACCACUAAUCGUGAGGCCUGCAGAGAUCUGAGUGGAAGAAGACUGAGAGACGUCAACCAUGAGAAGGAAAUGGCAGAGUGGCUGAAAAAGCAGGCGGAUCGAGAGGCAGAGAAGGAGCAGCGUCGCCUGGAGAAGAUACAGAGGAAAUUGGCCGAACCUAAACAUUAUUUCACAGACACUAAUUAUGAACAGCAGUGCCAUGACCUCUCAGAGAGACUGGAGGACUCUGUACUGAAAGGCAUCCAGGCCUCCUCUAGUGGUCUCGUCAAGGUGGACGAGGGGCCGAGUCGCAAGCGUCCGACACCAACAGACAGCAAAAAGAAAGCAAAGAAGAAAUGUUUCUGGACUGGCCUUGGAGGACCGGAGGACAUGGGCAGCUCAGAUGAAGGAAGUGAGGACAGCGACAGCGAGGCCUCUCCAUCCACCUCUGGGGCUUCAUGUAGUUCAGAUGUUCCCAAACCAGUGGUGCCACCUUCUGCCACCAGAGCAGACCCUCAGGACCAGCCCAGCAGCACCAGCAGCUCCUCCUCCCAGAGUCCCGCCCCGAGCUCCCCAACACAGGUGGAGGAGGAGGAGGUGCAGAAAGAGGCCGAAAAAGAGUGUACAGUUGAAACCAGCCAAAACGGCAGCACAGAAGAGGAUAAAUCACAGGAUGUGCCUACAGAAGCACCAAGCAGCCCAGGCGAGACCAGUCAGGCACAAGAAGAGGUGGAGGAACCGUUGGAUCUGCUUUCUGUGAGUGGGCCGGAGCGGCUGGAGGCUUUGGGUCUGGAGCGGCUGAAGAAAGAGCUGAUGGAACGAGGGAUGAAGUGUGGAGGAACACUGCAGGAACGGGCUUCGCGUCUCUUCUCCGUCAAAGGACUGAGUCCAGAUCAGAUUGAUCCUGCGCUCUUGGCCACCAAGGGCAAGAAGAAAUAACCUGCGUUUCUUAAACCAGUGUUUUUGACCUGUUUUGCUUCACUUGUGCUUUGUAUGAAUGUAGUUAUUUUUAAAGUGUCGUUUAUAAAAAUCUAACACCGAAUUUAAAAAGAUCCCCAGUUUGGGAUAAUAAUGAGUGCUAGAUUUAUUUUUCUCCUCAUAUUAGAAUGAUGUUUCUAGUCAGAUACAAAGAAUUCAGAUUUAAUUUUAAAGUUGAACUUUAACACAUGCAGCAGGGCUCCACAACACGUGGAUUUUUUUGUCUAUUGGCAAAGCAUGCCAAGUAACAAAAGGAGAAACUCAGGUUAACACUUUUUUGUAAUCUUUACAGCAAAUUCUUUAUUAUAAUACAGUUAUUUUAAAUAGCUAUUUUGAUAUUUGAUUGUAUAUGUGAUCUGGUCCAUUUCCCUCUUGACUUCAUCGUUAAGUAAAAUAUUGUUGCACAA